AUGGCGAAGCAGAAAGUGUCGCGGAAGAAGCAGGAGAAGGAGACGGAAUUAGACUACCAUAGAUUCAAAGCUUUUGCAGGAAUGGCGGUUGAUGUUGCAAAGAAGCAUUCUGAUGUAUACUUCUUUCCUCAAGGGUUCUUAGAACAAGCUUCAACCCCAGCUUCUUUCUCAUCAAUGGUGACUUCCAGACCUUAUGUGGUUUGUCGUGUUGUUGAUGUUACUUAUUGGGCUGAUCCUGUUACUGAUGAAGUUUUCGUCAAGUAUCGGCUUAUGCCAUUGACUAACAUUCAUGUCACGGGUAAUUAUAAUGGUAAUGGUAAUGGAGAUGAUGAAGGGGGUGAUAAUGGUAAUGAGGUUGAUUCGUUCGUCAAGUGUUUAAGCAUUUCGGAUGCGAACAAUGGUGGUGGAUUCUCCGUUCCGAAGCUUUGUGCUGUAUUCAUUUUUCCGGCGUUGAAUUUCGUAGAGGAUCCGCCGGUGCAGACACUCAGAAUUAGUGAUGUUCAUGGAGUUAAGUGGGUGUUUAGACAUAUUUACGGGGGGACGCCUAGGAGACACUUGUUGACCUCUGGUUGGAACACGUUUGUGGAUAGCAAGUAUCUAACUUGUAAUGAUUCUGUUAUUUUUGCCAGGAAUAAGGUCACAGGGGAGCUGUCUGUUGGGGUUCGAAGGCAUUUUACGCCGCUGUCCAGACUUCCUAAGGAAUAUGUGCCCAAACCCCCAAGACUUGCCCGAGUUUGUGGUGGAAGCUCACAAGGUGGAGCAGGCUUGCAGAGUGAACUGGACUUCUGGAACCCGGAUUCUUUCCAGGUUACUUGGGAUGAGCCAGAGAAGUUGGAAGAAGUAAGGAUGCUUAGUCCAUGGCAAGUGGAGUGUAUUGCUCCAACACCACCACCUACUAUUCAUGCUGCAUUUAAUACCCCUGCCAAAAGGCUCAAGGGUGUGCAGAACUCUGCUCUACUAGCUGAUGGGAAGGGAGAUAUCUACUUUACUCCUCAACUCGGAUUUGGUUCACUGGUGAUGGACCAGUUAAGUCCAUCCUAUAUGAAUUACAACAUUUUUCCCGCAGGCAUGCAGGGAGCCAGGCAAUUUCCUAGUAUUUAUCCAUCUAAUUCACCUACAAUCAUGAAUGACGAUUCUCACCAGGGGCGCACUGAUGAUAAUUUGGACAGUAGUAUGUCACAGAAAGUGGAAGGUGUAUCCGCUGACCUGAAUAUUGCCAGUUCAUCCUCUGAGACACCUUCAUUUGACAGUUUCAACAGUGAGCAGUUCUUUGGUGCAAUGAGUACUGGUCAUCAUUCAUGCAACUUACCUGGAAAAGGUGUCACUUCAUUUCAGCUGUUUGGAAAGAUCAUUCAUAUAGAACAGCCUCCAGCAAAUACAGAUGACAUAAGCUGUACUCAUGUUGUAUCUCAGAGCUCCCCUGUGAUGAAAUCAUCUGCUUUGUGA